AUGGAGGCGGUGAAGUUGGUUCACGUCAGGGACGCACCCGUUUACCUUGUUGAAGGAAAAUGGGUUGAGAAUCCCUGGAAGGAUGAAUCGGUGCUGAGUAAUGCUAUCAAAUGGUGCGAGAUCAAGUAUCAUCAACGUGGAGUGGACCUCGGAAGUACCUCGGGAAAAUCUUAUGACAAGCGCCGGGCACCACUUUCCUAG